GAAAUAAACCAUAAACCAAAUAUGCGUUAAAUUCGCCCCACCUCAUCGGUGACAAGCUUUAUUUAGAAUUUUUCAAAAUAUUUCGAUUAUUCUAUGCAUACCUGGUUGCAUAUUACAUAUAAAAAUGGAUAACAGAAUUAAAAUUUCUGAACGAAUGGUAUUUAUUCAUUUGAAACCGAGCGCUCUUGCAACCAUGAAAAGAACAUUCCUUAUCAUACUCACGAACCCAAAUACAUCAACAAAUCCUUAUAAGCUGUAAACAUAAAAACCUGUCUCAUGACAUAUACACAUAAUAAUGUAUUGUAAUUAUCAGUAACAGAUAAGAACUUAUCCAAAUAUAUAUAUCAGCUUAAAAUAAGAACACAACAGAACAACAUGAAUGUUCUGUCGAUAGUGCAAAUAGUUGUAAGCAAACCUAAUGUCUUUUAGUCUUAGUAUUGCCAUCAAACGUAAAGGUGGAUAUAUUGAACUCCAUAAAUAAAUAAAAAUAAUAAACCCAAUAUUAUUAUUAUUUAACUAGCGCGAGUGGCACGGUCCCUUCGUCUAUCCUCGUCGUCCCGCGCCAGAAUAAACCGGUUUGGGUUACAAAAGAGUCUGUGUAUGAACUGGGACAACUUAACUUUGAAAAUAAUAUAUACAUAAGUGGGGUCGCCUCAUAAGGCUUGUAGAUAUCUAAAGAUUUCUGCCGUUUCUUUAACUUUAUUCAACGCCGUUAGAAAUGAAUAUGCUCGGUUGAAGUGGAUUUUGGAAAGUUAAACAAUUGUAUUUAAGUAUAUGUCAUAAAAAAGCUUUGAUCUUAAUAUCAUUAAUUUAUCUUAAGGUAAUUCGCCGGUAAUAAACUUUGCGUAAUUGUAUCAUUGUUAUAAGUGUUUACUUGAAAUCGUAAGUAAGGUUUGCGUUGGAUAAUACUGGAGAUAAAAUUAAAAGCAAUAUAGAAGCAAGAAAAUGUGUGUAUAAUAUGAAAAAUUUUAAACAAUGUAAUGUGAUCGAUUAUACGUAAAUGUUUAGCGUUUUAUUGGCGCAUAAAUGGAAAUGUAAAUAAAUAUCUGAAAAGUAGUGAAAAUUAUGGUUUUAAUAUUUGAAUAAACAUUGAAAGUGUAAAAGUACACAGUGCGGGGUGAAAUAUACAAGCCGCAUAAGUCAAAUUUGAUCCCUAGAUAAAAUGUUAUCAAUGGAUUGCGCGGAAAUAUUAGGUCUCCACUUCAAACCAACUUGUGUCACAUUGCAAUGUAAUGAAAAAAGAAAUGCCAACCAUCAAGUUAUAAUAACGAGAGGAGCCGCAACAUCGACGAUUAAAACCUUUUCUAUAGAGAAUAUAGUAAAAACUUUCUAUAAGAAUUUAGAGGCCGUUGUAUGUCACCCUAAUUUCAAAUUAAGAAGACUUCAAUCAAAACUGUCUUCCGUCGCUGACACAUGUUCGAUACAUUCACCGAAUAACGACAGUUUAGGUAGUGCUGAAUCGCGUAUAUGUACUUCCAGAUCACAGAUAUAUUCUUCCAAUGUGACGUUAUUUACAAACAGUAUGCCUUUAACAUCAAGGGCAAAUACUACUUUAUCAUCAUAUUAUGUAUCAAAUAAGUCGUUAUUGUCACCUUCCAAAUUAGAAAGUUCCAGCCAGAAAAUGUUGAUUAUCAAAAUUAUAGAAAUUAUAAAGAAAAUAUUGCUCAUACAAAUUUUGACCAGAAUAACAUCGAUAGAGGGAACUUAUAUAUUAAAUUCAUCGAAAGCGCCAUUAAACUUCUUGAUAAUGAAAGUACGCAAAGUAUUAUUUGCUUUUGCGUUUUGUACUAUUGUAUUUCACUUUGAUGUUGUUUUAGCCGAUCAAGUUAUUCUUCUGGAUACGACAAGAGAAGCUACUUUGGAGUGGACUCGCUAUCCUUAUGGACCGCAGGCUCAAACACCAGGGUGGGUUGAGGAAUCAUUUACAGAUUUUGUAAAGGGUAUAAAUUGGCGAAGCUAUGUGGUUUGCGAUGUUGCAUAUAACAAUGUCAAUAAUUGGUUAUGGUCUCCUUUUAUCGACCGGGGACCUGCAAACAGACUAUACAUUGAAAUUAAAUUUACUAUACGUGAUUGUUCCCUAUUUCCAGGAAAUGCACUUUCUUGUAAAGAAACGUUUAGCCUUUUAUUCUAUGAAUUUGAUGCUGCUACUCGAGAACCUCCGCCUUGGCAGACCGAUAGCUAUAAGUUAAUCGCACGAAUAGCUGCAGGGGAAGGGCGUUUCAAUCAAAAUUCCGACGUUGAUAUAAACACUGAAGUCAAAAGUAUUGCGGUAACCAAGAAAGGGGUUUAUUUUGCAUUCCGUGAUCAAGGAGCCUGCAUAAGUGUGUUAGCAGUAAAGGUUUAUUAUAUCACUUGUCCUGCAGUAACAGAAAACUUUGCUCAUUUCAAUGAAACACCGACGGGAAGGGAAAUUACUAUAAUUGAAAAACAGAAUGGCACCUGUAUUGAAAAUGCGGAACCAUAUGAGAUACCUACAUACUUGUGUAAAGGUGAUGGCAAAUGGACCAUUCUAACUGGAGGCUGCCACUGCAAGGUUGGAUAUGAACCAGAUUUCAUAAAUAAAACCUGUAAUGAAUGUCCGAUUGAGAAAUUUCGUUCAAAAGAGGUUAAUAAAUGUGUACCCUGCCCACCUAAUUCAAAUGCGCUAAAUGUAGCAGCAGGAUUUUGUAAAUGCCUUCCUGGUUAUUAUCGACAUCCACACGAUGGAAAGCAUAUGCCUUGCUAUAAACCGCCUGGACCUCCCACAAAUUUGACUUUGUUAUUUGUGGACCAAACAAGUGCGAUUCUCUCAUGGAAUGUGCCCAUAAGAGAGUUUUCAGAAUCAUCACUUUCUUUGAAAAAAAAUAAAUACCGCAGUGAAAUUGUAUAUAAAGUGCGAUGUCUAUCCUGCUCCUCUAACGUUGUGUACAAUCCUGCAUCAGAUUCAUUUAAUGAAACUAAAUUAACCUUAAAUAAUUUAGAACCAGUAACGACGUACACAAUUCAAAUACAUUCUCUAAACGGUCUUUCAAGCCUAUUGGACGCGGACAAUAAUUACAAUGAUACUUCUGAAGAUAAUAAUAAUACAGCCAAAUUUGGAUCUUUCGACGCUACGCCUGAAAAUCCCUUAAUGUCUACUAAUGUAAAAUCGACGGUUACUUUAGUUAACAAUCAGGCUUUCGAUUUAAAUCAAAUAAAAACUGAAUAUGCCGAAAUUACAUUCAAGACAGAGUCUGCAAUCUUGUCCACUGUAUUUAAUGUUCGAGUUGUUGCGACUACAAAUAGGGAAGUAGAUUUGGUUUGGGACAAACCUGUGCAAAGUGAUUCUCCUAUUGAAUUUUAUGAGGUUCGUUGGUUUCCCAAACCGGAACUUGAUUCAAUCAAUAAAACCGCGUUGAAUACAAAGGAAACUAAGGCUCACAUUGAAGGGCUCACUGAAAAUACGGAAUAUGGGUUUCAAGUUCGUUGUAAAACAUUGAAUGGAUAUGGCACUUACAGUAACAUAGUUUAUGCGCAAACACAUCAGAGCAUGAAUUCAGGAUACGAUGACUCUAUACAUAUGCGAAUUGUUGCUGGUGCUACUGUUGCUGUUGUUUUUAUAUUAGUACUUGUGAUUGUUGCAACAGUUUUGUUCUUACGGUCAAAAAAUCAAGAUGAUCUUGACAAAAAGUCUACCAAUCAUUUGCCUUUGCCUCUGGAUUACGCUAGCAAUGAAGUGACUACGCCUUUAUUUGGAAAUAGCCGGAGUUAUGUCGACCCUCAUACAUAUGAAGAUCCUAACCAAGCCAUCCGCGAAUUUGCACGUGAAAUCGAUGCAAAUUAUAUAACAAUUGAAGCUAUAAUAGGUGGAGGCGAGUUUGGGGAUGUGUGUCGUGGACGUUUAAAAAUCCCCCCUAAUUUUGUUCAAGAUAUAGAUGUUGCAAUAAAAACUCUAAAACCAGGUUCGUCCGAAAAAGCGCGCUGUGACUUUUUAACAGAGGCAUCGAUAAUGGGUCAAUUUGAUCACCCUAACGUUAUAUAUCUUCAAGGAGUGGUAACUCGUUCUAACCCCGUUAUGAUUAUUACUGAGUAUAUGGAAAAUGGCAGCCUUGAUACAUUUUUACGAGUCAAUGAUGGGAAAUUUCAAACAUUGCAGUUAAUUGUCAUGUUACGUGGUAUAGCCAGUGGUAUGUCUUAUCUUAGUGACAUGAAUUACGUCCAUCGUGACUUAGCAGCUCGAAAUGUGCUUGUGAAUGCUCAACUUAUAUGUAAAAUAGCAGAUUUUGGAUUAUCUCGUGAGAUAGAAAAUGCUAGUGAUGCGUAUACAACUCGGGGUGGUAAAAUACCAGUUCGCUGGACAGCCCCGGAAGCUAUAGCUUUUCGUAAGUUUACAUCGGCAUCAGAUGUAUGGUCAUAUGGUGUGGUUUUAUGGGAAGUAAUGUCGUAUGGUGAACGACCUUAUUGGAACUGGUCAAACCAGGAUGUCAUAAAGAGUAUAGAAAAGGGUUAUAGACUUCCGGCUCCUAUGGAUUGCCCUGAGGCAUUGUAUCAGUUAAUGCUUGAUUGCUGGCAGAAGCAACGUACUCACCGACCUACGUUUUCAAGUAUAGUAUCAACAUUAGAUAAUUUAGCCCGACAACCGCAAGCACUGCUAACAACGAGAAAUUCGCCCGAAAACGAUGGAUCACAUAUUUUAGAGGGACAACGUGGUCACAACAUUUUUAUAAGUACAGACUUAUGGUUGGAAAACAUUAAAAUGUCCCGCUAUUCACAGCAUUUUAAAGAGGCUAAUUUGGUGACUGCCCAACAGAUUUCCCGGUUAACCGCUCAACAAUUAUCUGACAUGGGUAUAACCUUAGUGGGGCAUCAAAAAAAGAUUUUACAUCAGGCCAGACAGUUGGAUACUAUAAUUUAGGAUUAAAGAGUAUUUGUAGACUCAUUCAGUGUAUAUACAGCAUUAUUAUUAUUAAUAAUUCGUUCAAAAUAAUAAGUAUUAUAAUAUCUGAGCAUGCGCCCGUAAGCAUAAGAUAUUCGUACCAACCACCAUAUCAUUUUAUUUCUUAUUUUUUCAUAUCACGCGUAGAUAUGUAUAAUCUACUACAUCAAUAUAUAUAUUAGAAAUAUUUGUACACAAAGCUUAGUUUCUAAAGAAUUUGGACUUUCACUGCUAUUAUUUCUCAUCGACUGUAGUAUAUAAAAGUACAUACUUUUUAUUUUUUUAUAUAAAUUUGCAUACAUAAAGAGUAACCUAUGAAACUAUGUAAUAAUGUGUAAAUAAUCGAUUAAUACAGUUGAGAUAUUGGCAAUAUUUAAACGAAUUAUUUAAAAUCUAAAGGUUUGUUGUUUAGGAGGCAAUGCUAAUUAGCUAAUUAGUUUUUAUGUUAUUACGACUACUUCUCUUAUUGGUUUCGUUCUUAAUCUAUACGAAGUUUUUUUUUGUAAAGAAUGUAUGAAAUACGACUAGUUUUUUGUGGUUAAAAAUUAAAUAAGUUUAUUUCCUAAGAAGAGGCCAAUAUGAGUAUUAUCAAAAUAAGCUUUACAAAAUAGCUUUGAUCAGCUUAACAUUCCGAUUAACAUACAGAUCAACAAAUUAUUAUAGUUCUGCAUGCUAUUCUAGAUUUCUGUAUUAAGGUGUAUUUGUUGUAAAAUUUUUGAGCGAUUUUGUAUAAAAUUUACAAUGAUAUUCGAACUCAGUACGAUGAAUUAAACACAACUAAAAUACUACUAAGUCUUAUUAAUAUUAAGACAAUACACACAAAGAUUAAAUAUGAUUGUGAAUAAAAAUUUUACUUGGCAUCUU